AUGAAGCUCUACACAUUUUCUCUCCCUUUCACCACUCUCGCGCUCACUUACUACGCUCUUGCUACUCCCAAUUGCGGUCUACAAAAGCGCACCGCCUGCGAGGAAGGAGCCAUCACCUUGACGUCCACCAUCGCCGUCGGCGAUAAGACCGUAACAUGGGAGAAGCUAGCAUGCCCGGGUUCAGUCUCAGCACGAGAGACCACUGAUUGGGUGACGGACGUGUGCGAUGGCAUUUGCUCCGUUUUCUUAGGCACUGAUACAUGCAACAAUGAGUCAGGAGACCUGCCCCCUGAGCUCGAUGAUUGCGACACUAUUAUAGAUGCUAUAACGAUUCUGAAUGGUUCCAUUGAGCCAACAUUCACUGUAGAUCCUGGGUCUGCUGAACAGCUUACUUACGGGACAUGCCGCUUUUUCUUCGAAAAUCUGAGCAACGACGUGCUGGAAUAUUGCUGGACCGCUUUGAGUAACGUGGCAUCUGCUGCAGCGAGCACAUGCUUCCCGCCUACCAACCCAAUCUAUUCGGAAGGAAUCUGCGAGCCGUCCAGUGGCGCAUGGCUUGUGGGCGCCGCCCAUUCUUAA